CUCGCUCGUCGCAUCCACCCCUCCCCUCCCCUCCUCGGCGCGGCGGCGGCGGCAAUGGCGAUGGCCUCCACCCACGCGCCGAGUGGCGCCGAGGCCCUCGCGCCUGGCCGGGCUAGGGUCCGCGCCCCCGCGGGGCUCGGCUUCCUCGGCCUCGGCCCCUCCAAGGCCGGCCUCCCCCGCCCCCUUGCCCUCGCCAAGCGGGCCGGCGUCUCGGGGGCCGUAGCCGUUCCUGGAGGAGCGAGGCUCAGGUGCGCGGCGUCGUCGCCCUCCUCGGCUGCCGCGCGGCCCAUCUCGGCACCGCGGUUCAUCCAGCACAAGAAGGAGGCCUUCUGGUUCUACCGCUUCCUCUCCAUCGUCUACGACCACGUCAUCAACCCGGGCCACUGGACCGAGGACAUGCGCGACGACGCGCUCGAGCCCGCCGACCUCUACAGCCGCCACCUCAGGGUCGUCGACGUCGGCGGCGGGACCGGGUUCACCACGCUCGGCAUCGUCAAGCACGUUGACCCGGAGAACGUCACGCUGCUCGACCAGUCCCCGCACCAGCUCGACAAGGCCAGGCAGAAGGAGGCGCUCAAGGGGGUCAAAAUCAUGGAGGGGGACGCCGAGGACCUGCCGUUCCCCACCGACACCUUCGACCGAUACGUUUCUGCGGGCAGCAUUGAGUAUUGGCCUGACCCACAGCGAGGAAUUAAGGAAGCCUACAGGGUCUUGAGGCUCGGUGGAGUAGCUUGCAUGAUUGGCCCUGUGUACCCAACCUUCUGGCUGUCCCGCUUUUUUGCCGAUAUGUGGAUGCUCUUUCCCAAGGAAGAAGAGUACAUAGAGUGGUUCAAAAAGGCUGGGUUCAAGGAUGUCAAGCUGAAAAGGAUUGGACCAAAAUGGUAUCGUGGUGUCCGAAGGCAUGGCCUGAUCAUGGGAUGCUCUGUGACGGGUGUGAAGAGGGAACAUGGAGACUCCCCUUUGCAGCUUGGUCCGAAGGCUGAGGAUGUCAGCAAGCCUGUGAAUCCAAUCACCUUCUUCUUUCGCUUUCUCAUGGGAACAAUAUGCGCAGCUUACUAUGUUCUGGUGCCUAUUUACAUGUGGAUAAAGGACCAGAUUGUGCCCAAAGGCAUGCCAAUCUGAGUGGAAGGGGACUGAGCUGCAAGGAAGGGAGGAUAGCCAAUAUCUGAAGUAGUGUUCUCUAUAUUAGGCGGUUCCUGUCUGUUUUGUAUUUUACCUUUUAUUUUCCUAUUUAUGUAUUUCUUUUACUGUCGCUCCUGUUUGUGUGAACUUUGAAGCAAUAAUAUUAAGACCUUGAUUAAUCUCAA